GCGUCUCCGCUCCGCUCGAGCGCUCGAGACAGACCAGGCCCCUCCGAUGGAGCGAGCGUGCGUCGCCUCCUCCUCUAUUUGCGUAGCGAAGGCUCCACCUUUCGAGCGUCGCGGUGACCUCAGCGGCGGUGGGCUGAAUUGAGCUGGGUGGGAUUUUUUCAGUCUCGUAUUCCCGACCGCGUAUCCGAGGACCGCGAUUUAACGGCGCGUGCGACGGGAGCGAAUACGCGUUUAGCCGGCUGGCGCUGAACGGUGCGGGGCUCGCGCGCGUCUGACGAUAGGGAUCAAAUAAACGAGGAAUGUGGGAUUUACAGAAUGCCCAGCAGCGUUGGAAAAAGAUUUAAACCCACCAAAUACAUCCCGGUGUCCACUGCCGCCACUCUUCUGGUGGGAUCCACUACUUUAUUCUUCGUUUUCACGUGUCCGUGGUUGACCAAGGCCGUCUCCCCUGUUGUGCCUCUAUACAAUGGCAUCGUCUUCCUCUUUGUGCUGGCCAACUUCAGCAUGGCCACCUUCAUGGAUCCGGGGGUCUUUCCCAGAGCGGACGAGGACGAAGACAAAGACGAUGACUUCCGAGCACCGCUGUAUAAAAACGUGGAGAUAAAGGGAAUCCAGGUGCGGAUGAAGUGGUGUGCCACGUGCCACUUCUACAGACCUCCGCGCUGCUCACACUGCAGCGUGUGUGACAACUGUGUGGAGGAGUUUGACCACCACUGCCCGUGGGUGAACAACUGCAUCGGCCGGAGGAAUUACCGCUAUUUCUUCUUGUUCCUUCUGUCUUUAAGUGUUCACAUGGUGGGAGUGUUUUCCUUCGGCCUGCUGUUCGUCUUACACCACCUUGAGAGCCUGAGUGCACUUCACACAACCGUGACUCUAGUGGUUAUGUGUGUGACUGGCCUGUUUUUCAUCCCUGUUAUGGGCCUCACUGGGUUCCACAUGGUUCUCGUAGCCAGAGGACGAACCACGAACGAACAGGUGACAGGAAAGUUCCGAGGAGGAGUGAAUCCAUUCACUCGGGGUUGCUGUGGUAAUGUGAAACACGUCUUGUGCAGUCCACUUGCUCCUAGGUACGUCGCUGACCCCAGGAAGAAAGUUCCCAUCACUCUGAAACCGCCGUUCCUCCGCCCCGACCUCUCCACCCGACACAUCAGUGUCAAAAUCAGUGAUAACGGUAUCCACAGUAGCAUCCUACGGAGCAAAUCUAAGACCAGUCUGGAUGGCGUGGAUGAUAAAAGUACAGAUACACAACCACCUCUGCCGCCCAAAGCGGACCGCUACAACCAGCUGAAGAGUCAGCUCACCUCCAGCGAAGAGAGUUCCCUGUCCAGCAAACCCACAAAUCCGUCCACUCCAGCCAUGUACAAAUACCGGCCUUCCUUCGGGACCAUGCCGAAAGUGCACUAUCACGCAACCGGAGAGAAGAUCGUGAUGUCCGAGAACGGUAAGCCCUCUGCCGUUUUGGAGGAACGAGCUCACGAUUACCGCUCCGAGCCGAAUCUGGAUAUGCCAGACUACCGCAGCACUCCUCUCCACCGAACGUACCAGUCCUCCCCUUUCCAGCUGGACUCCUUCAGCACCACGUCUCGCUCGUUCAGUCUGAAGCAGGGAGUGAACCGAGCCGAGCCGAUGCCACUGGGCGGCAGCAAACCAGAAGCGGUCGCUUCCGUCCCUCACAAAGGGGUCUUUUCCCCUGGCACGUUAUCGGGCCGCAACGGCAGCCUGUCCUACGACAGCUUGCUAACCUCCAGCGCGACGCCGUCUGUGGGCGAGUGCGCCGCUCACCCGGGAGUGCCCUCGAUGGGUUUCCAUUCGCCCUACCUGCCUACGAAGAUGUGCCGACGAGGGCCCGAGCUUCAGCGGCACAUCGGCCCGCCGUCUUACAGCCCCGUUCACAUCGGAGCGAUGUACGGGCGGCAGUCGCCCCUCUCGAGAGACCGCGACCCCUCGCCCGUCCGCUACGACAACCUCUCCAAAACCAUCAUGGCUUCCAUCCAGGAGAGGAAGGAGCUGGAAGAGAGGGAGAAACUCAUGCAUCGGCACGCUCAGGCCUACGCCAACGACUCGGGGGUGUUCGACGCCUGCAGCGGAGCCGCCUACGGGCUCCCGCCGGGCGCGUGCUACGCCGACGGCCCCAGAGGCCCCGCGUCCCGAGAGCCCACCCCUCCCGCGUGCGCCUCGCGGGACAACCUGAUGGGAUACGCCCCCCGGACGCCCGUCCUGCGCUCGUCCGCGUCCUCGCUCUCCAGAGCGCCCAGGACUUCCUCCACGUCCCUCCACACGGACGCAGGCGGAGUGAGCCGGACAGCAGAGCACCAGUAUCGCUCUCCGGCGCACCAGACGCAUCACUCCCCGACGGCUGCGCCCCGUUCCCCGACAUACGCGCAUCAGAAGGUGGCCUUCAUUAGCGCCCUGGAGAGGGCCGACUCGCCGCAUCUCGGCGCAAGAGAGGACCUCUGUCAAGGUAAAGUCAACGGGCAACUAAAGGGCCAAGCACGUGACUGCCACCUAGGGACUCCUUCAGGAACUCCCAGCAGACACACCAGUGUCAAAAAGGUCACAGGAGUGGGCGGGACUACGUAUGAGAUUUCCGUUUGACGGACAGCUUGGAGAGCCACUGCCUGUGAGGAGAAGCACUGCCAUGGCAACACACCUCCAGUUCUCUCUUUUUUUCUAUUUUUUUGAAAUUAUAUUCAAUUGACCGAUCAGGUUGGACGCGUUUCUGAUGGGAAAGGUUUUUGCAUCUGCCUAUCCUCCGCUGAAGAGACUUUCCAGGUGACCCGGUGUAUAAUACAAAACGUCAAAGAAGCGUCGUAUGUCGGCCGUCAGGACGUAAAUCGCACACAACUGAAAAAUAAUGCCAUAAAAAUGGAAAUUGAAAAAAAAACCUACCAUUUAAGGGCUGAAUAUGUACAGCGUCAGUUCAGUUUGUAUAUAAAAUAUCAAAGUUGGCGUAUUGAAUGCAAACGUGCUCAGUAUGCAGGUCUUUCACACACUUGAAUGUGAGUGUAUGUGUACUUGCCAGUAACUCCUUUUAUGUUUUUGUCUUUAUGCCGAUCUAAUAAUCAGGGUUUCGUCUCAAACGCAUUUCUCCGUUAAGCUAUCAGGUUCAAAACAAAACCAUAACGGCACUUGUGUACUUUAAAAAAAAAAAAAAAAAAAAAAAAAAAAAAAAAAAGUUUUAUUUUUCAAAUAUGGUGGUCAUUUACACUUUUUCUAAUGUUAAACUAUAAGCUGCCAUAGAAAUAAACGUAAAUGUGUAUAUGUAAAAUUAAAAAAAGAAAAGAAAAUAUUGGCGGAAGGGGGGAUACUGAUGCUGGCCGUUAUCACCAGUUUGUUCUGUUAAGCUUAGUUUUUCUUUAUAAAAAGUAUUUUAUAGCUGGGGAAGAUAUGAAACACGCCACUGUGUAUUUUUACGAACUCGAGAGUCGUUUUGUUGCUUCACCAUUUCCAUUUAUUAGAAAAGCAUCAUUGCAAUCCACGGCUGCAUCCCAAAUAUUGUCACGCCGUUUAUUUUUAUAACACCUUUUUUAACCAGCCUUCAAAAGAUUGGUAUAUUUAACUUUUUCUACAUCUGGGUGGCUGAUUUUUGUUUUGUUUUUUUUCCCUCGAGUUGAUUUUUUUAAAUUUUUUCCCGUUUCUUUUUUGCAUAUUUUAUAAUUUAUUUGUACAAAUUCAUCAGCGCGCAUUGCCAUUUGAUAGUAGUGCUUUCCUUAGAGAUUUUUUUUUUUCCCUCUGUGAACGAAUGUUGAUGUUAUUCCAGAACGUGUUAGAAAGCUGCAAGAAAGGGGAAGUGAAGAUGCUUGUUUUUUGAAUGCUGGAUCCAUUUGAGAGACAUAAAUGACACGUUUGAGUUUUUUGGGGGUUUUAACUGCUGUUUAAGUUCGGGGAAAGUGAGAUUUAAUGUUGUUAUUUUUUUUAUCAUCAUCAAAAGUGUCCGUAAAGAAAUGUACUUUUUGUUACAAAAAAUGCUAAUGAUCAUUUCUGGUAUUUCUUUAAACCUUUCAGUUCUGUUUCUGUUACCGUUUUGAUCAAAUGCAAACAAAGCCUUGGUUUUUAUCACGAAAAAAAGCCGGUAAACUCAAUUUCGAAGUCCCUUUCGUUCGUUUUGCUUUCGAAAGUAGAUAGCAAGGGCCAAUGAAUAUUGCAAUGUAGCCAUUACUGUUUUUUAAGAGAGAGACGUUUUCGAUGCUAGCGCGAGACGUGCUAAUGAAAAAAAACGAAUAAAGUGACAGGCGUUUCUGUAGUUAACAGCCGAAAAAGCAAUCUGUAACUAUACAGGGCAAAUACCUACCUGUUAAAAGAACUACUUCACGCCGUGGCCUGUUUCGUAAUUAAAGACCCGACGUGUCGACCUCUCUGACAGGGUGAUCUUCACGAUUUUUCUCCGACCGAAAACACACCACACGCGGAGUUCUCCGCUGCUCAUCGGACGACUUUCCAAGGAAUUCAUAUUGAUUUCCUCACAGAUCUGCCUUAGGGGUCUAACGGACUACAGACGCUCGAGCGCUGACGGGGUGCGUGUCACAAAGGGUCGUCGUCGUACCUUUUCAAGUCAAGCGGCUCCUUGAAAUUGUAAAAAAUGCUUUACGGAUUGCUAGGAUCCAUUUCUGUGAAUGUUUGACGGUGUUUGUCAUCUCUGUCCUUCACUGCCGCUGUCUGGCACAGCGUCGCCUUCUGUUCAGAUCAGACCGGUGUACAGUUAACACAAAAAAGAACAACUAUGGGACUCUUUUCUGUGAUGAAGUAUUUCGUUCAGAUGAAAUGAAGACAUUAUAGUUUCAUAUCAAGGUACAUCUAUUAUUUUUGAUCAUCGAGGGGAAAAACUGAAUAAAUAUAACUUGAACAUUCA